CCAGCUUGCGAGCCUCAAAUCCAUUGCCAGAUUUCGUCAAGUACCGACCCUCGCAAGACACUCGCCGGCAAAUUUUUUUUCGAGACAAUCAGACAAGAUGGUGCUCGCUGUUGACCUUCUCAACCCUUCAGCGGCCUCUGAGGCCAAGAAGCACAAGCUCAAGACCCUUGUUCCUCAGCCCCGAUCCUUCUUCAUGGACGUCAAGUGCCCCGGCUGCUUCACCAUCACCACCGUUUUCUCUCACGCCCAGACCGUUGUCAUCUGCCAGGGAUGCACCACCGUCCUGUGCCAGCCUACCGGUGGUAAGGCCAGAUUAACCGAGGGCUGCUCUUUCCGAAGAAAGUAAACUGCCCGCGGGGCGGCUUUCUUUCCUUGGGUAUUGAUGACUCUUAUGGUUAUAUGGUGGUGAUCAUCUCGGAUCUGCAAACAAAACAUCAUCGACGUGGGGGAUAGACAAUAUACCUUGCGAAAAUAAUCAAUCUCUUUGCAGAUAGAAGAUGGAACACCCAACACAGGGGCGUUUGGGGGUCUCCGGAUAUCUUGCAUGGCACAUCAUUCUUCUCGUUUUUCCGUUUACGCGCCUUGUACCACAGAGUCGUUUCUUGAGGCAGGAACAAAAAUAAAAAGCACUGCAUGGGUGUUCAGCUGGAGAAAGCAUUCACUUGAGUGUCUAGAUGGAUCUUGAUGGAUUGACUAGGCGCGAUGACGUGGAGCCGCUGAUUUGAGGAUCGCUUCAUACCCGGAGUGCAGUGGGUAGUGGAGGAUGGCACUGUGCUUUUGCGAAAUUCAAAGGUUUCC